CUUUAAACCCUAGAAAAGCUUGAAAGCUCGAAAGCUGAGAGUAAUGGCGAUGGGCAUGGAGAUUGAUGCGCAGGCGAAGCCCGAGGACCUAUUCCGUGUGGCGGAGAGUGGUAAAGCAUCGCUCUUUGCGUCUUUCUCCGAUGAUGAGCUCCGACGGGCUUCCUCUCUCCGGAAUGAGGACGGCCGUUCCCUUCUCCACGUCGCUGUUUCCUCCGGCCACAGCGAGGUAGUGAGAGUGCUGGCGAAGGGGGAUCCGGCGGUGAGUGGUGUUAAUAGUACUGAUGAAGAAGGUUGGGCGCCGAUUCACUCCGCUUCGAGUUCGGGAAAUGUGGAGAUUGUUGAGAUUUUGCUCACUAGAGGAGCUGAUGUAAAUUUAGCUAAUGAUGGUGGUCGUAUUGCGCUUCAUUAUGCUGCUAGCAAGGGCUGGUUGAAAGUGGCUGAAAUUCUGAUCUCUCAUGGUUCGAAACUCAAUAGAAAAGAUAAGGUUGGUUGUACUCCACUGCACAGAGCAGCAAGCGUAGGUAACUCGGAGAUGUGUGAGCUAUUGAUCGAGGAAGGUGCUGAAGUUGAUGCUGUCGACAAGGCUGGCGAAACACCUCUAAUGAAUGCAGUUAUCUGCGAAAAUAAAGAGGUUGCUCUUUUGCUUAUCCGGCACGGAGCCAACGUCGAUGCAGAAGACAAGGAAGGCUACACAGUUCUCGGCCGUGCGUCAGAUACUUUCAGACCUGUUCUAGUUGAUGCUGCCAAGGUCAUGCUGGAAGACUAAAUCUUGAUCAGAUAGAAACAGAAGAUGAUGAACAGAGUGUGUCUUUCUGAAACUUUUUCAAGCUAUUUAGACAUGUACAUUGUUUGUUGUUGAAUUUCUUGUUGAUUAAAAUCUCAAUGAGUAAAAAGUUUUUAGGGUUUAUUGUUA